AUGGCGUGCAAGGCCGGCGUUGCAGCCAGUGUCGGGCCCAGCCAGGACCGCCAGCUGGUACACCGUCUCAUCCACUGCAACAGCGCCGACGAAGUGCUUGAUCAAUAUGAAAGCACGGCCGAUGAAUAUGAAUCGUAUUUCCUGAGCAACGCUUACGACGCACAUCGCCUGGCAGCGGCGGCCGUGCUGCGCCUGUUCCCGAAACAUGGCCCCGUCAGCCGGGGUGACCUGAGCGUAAUGGACGUGGCGUGCGGCACAGGACUCGUCGCCCAAGUGCUGCAUGAUGCGGGGGUCGUGCACCUGGACGCUCUGGAUGCUUCAAGCAAGAUGAUCGAAAUUUCAAGGGCACGUGGUGUAUAUCGGCGACUUAUUCAGGACACCAUUGGGAGUCAUAGGAUUGACGUGCAGGACAACACUUACGAUGCUGUGACGGUGGCCGGCGGGUUCGUUCAGGGCCACCUGCCAGUCACCGCCUUCGACGAGAUGAUUCGGAUCUGCAAGCCAGGUGGCUACAUUGUGAACUCGAUGCGUUUCGAGUACCUGGUGACGGUGAAGGAGUACCAUGAGUUGGAGCCGCACAUGGACCGGUUGGAGCGUGCCGGCCUCUGGAGACAGGUGGACCGCUACGUGACCGAUGGGUAUUUCCAACACGUCAAGCAGGGCAUCACGCAUGUCUACCAAAAGCUGUGACAUCGCACCGACCGGUCCGCUGUGGCAAUGGCGGAUCGCAGGGGAACGUGUGGUAGUGGGAUGACGGUAAAUGAGAGUGUCGUA